UGACUUACGAGUAAAUAUCGGAUGGAAAAUUUUGCGUGUCUGACUCUUGACUCUUCCUUGGAAUUAUUACCACAUAAUUACAUUUCAAUUAGAAGUCCUAAAUCCUGUUAUUGUUGUCAAAACAGUUGUUCAUGUAAUCAAAUAUAGAAAAUCUUACAUAAAAUACAAUAAAAUCCAUUUAGGGUGAUUGGUUGACUCACAGUGCUUCUAUAUUUUCUCAAGGUAAAAUUAACAAGUUUUCUAAUUUACACUUAACUCCUCCUUGUUUGUUUUUUCGUGAUGUUUAUAAAACAAGUCUCAAGAAGUUCUCCUUAUUUCAAAGUGAGCAUCAUGAAACUGAUACCGCUGUUCAUCUUUGCAACAAUCUUUAUCGCUACAAACAGCGAAGAGGUGAAAAACGAAAAAGACUGCAAGUGUUGGGAAGAUUUCAAACCGGAAAAAGUUGAAAAUGGUGACACUUAUUAUUGUAGAGGAGAGAAAAACCAUCGAAUUUUUGGCUGCAAUGAAGAUAAACCGCCAAUUUGUCAAUGUGAAAAAGAUGGGAAAACAAUAAGUUUGGAUUUGGGUGAAACGGACUGUCUCAGCGUGGAUCUUCAAAAUGGACGUUGGUGUAAAAACAGAAAAGAGUUUGAGGAGUAUUUCAAGAAACAUCCUGAACGUGCAACUUAUGAUUAAAAAUAAAUAUUUCUGUAACAAUGUUGCAAUAAAGUUGUAUUAAUAUCAA